GCGGCUGGGAGGGAACGAAGGGAGGGGCCGGUGUGAAGCCAGCCCAGCUCGGUCGAGUUCAGUCCGGCCCGGGGAGUCCCGCUCCUUCUGGGAUUCUCUCGCUAUCGACAUGGAGAGGAAGCGCACGGACUGUCCUUGUCUGCCCCCCGGCUGGAAAAAGGAGGAGGUGAUCCGGAAAUCGGGGCUGAGUGCCGGCAAGAGCGAUGUUUAUUACUACAGCCCAAGUGGUAAGAAGUUCAGGAGUAAGCCUCAGUUGGCUCGAUACCUGGGAAACAGUAUCGACCUCAAUAGCUUUGACUUUCGGACUGGGACGAUGAUGCCUAAUAAAUUACAGAGGAAUAAACAGCGCCUUCGGAAUGAAGCAAUAAAUCAAACAAAGGGCAAAUUAGAUUUGAACACAACACUGCCAAUAAGACAGACUGCUUCCAUUUUCAAGCAACCCGUAACUAAAGUUACAGAUCACCCCAACAACAAAGUAAAAUCAGAGCUGCAGAGAGUAACAGAACAACCACAACAACUGUUUUGGGAGAAACGACUACAAGGUUUGAGUGCCUGUGACAUAGCUGAGCAGAUCAUUAAAUCGAUGGAACUUCCCAAAGGAUUGCAAGGCAUUGGCCCUGGUAACACAAAUGAGGCACUGUUGUCUACAAUAGCAAGUGCUUUGCAUACCAGUUCUGGACCAAUUACAGGGCAAUUGUCUGCAGCUGUAGAGAAGAACCCAGCAGUUUGGCUCAACACUUACCAGCCACUCUGCAGAGCAUUUGUCGUUACAGAUAAAGAUAUCAGGAAACAGGAGGAACGAGUACAGCAAGUGCGAAAGAAACUGGAGGAAGCUCUAAUGGCAGACGAGUUGGCACGAGGGAAAGAAGCCACAGAACAAAGACAUGUAGACCAAGAACAAUGUGAUGCACAAGGGUAAUUGUAUUCAGUUUUGGACUUGAUAAUCCCAAACCCAUAAAAUUGAAGACUACAUCCAAGCACGUGGGAUCAAAAAGAAUCGGUCCAACUCGGGCAGAGACUUCGAUAACUUCACUGAAAAAGGAUCAGUGCAUUACACGAUCUUUUAUCGGAUUUUUAAAUAGAGGGGGGCAAGGAACAGAAGGGCAGUAAGACUCAUGUAACCACUUAAUUGUUGAUUUCACUGAAAUGUGUUGUGGACAAAUCCAGCCUGUACCAUAAUCUUUAUCAUUUCUACCAUCAUGUUGGAGAGGACAGAAUGUUCUCACUUAAGUGCAAUGCAUUCUAGAAAAGAUUGUGAUUGGUCUGUGCUUCUAGAGAGCUGUAAAAUUUUCCAGAAAAUAUUGGGGCUGUCUAAACAAAGCUGUUAUGUUAUAUAUAGGAAAUCUUAUUUUUGUUAUUAAAUAUUGUUCAACUCUGGAACAGUUUAAGCUGCAGCAUUUUUUUAAUAAGGAGAAAACAAUGCUGCUUCAAUACAUAAUCACAGCCUCUUUCUGAAUUGCAUUCUCUUUCUGCUUCCUCCCUCCCUCUUCCUCCUUCCCCUCGCCCUCUUCCUCCUUCCCCUCGCCCUCUUCCUCCUUCCCCUCGCCCUCUUCCUCCUUCCCCUCGCCCUCUUCCUCC